AGCAGAAUGAUGAAUUUCGGCAGUUCCACUGCAAUUUGUACAUUAGAAUCACAUCUCGAAAAUUCUGGAGUAAUUGAACACUCGAUCCAUUGAUCCCUGGACAAUCGAUUUAUCGUUAUUGUGUGGCAGUUGUUUGAGGGAAGAAAUGUCAGUGGUGAAAUUGCUAUAACAAUUGUCACUCUGUGCUGUUAUCACGGAAUUCGGGGGAGCAAAGAGGAUUGAGUGACGAGUUGUAUUGAGAGAGGAUUUAAUUUUUUUUUUUUUCAUUAAAAAGGUGAAUACGGUAAUUAUGGAGGCUGUACCGAGGUUACCCAUGUUGUCAUUUCAACUCCGAGUGAGUCCUGAGGCCACGACUUUCGUUAAACUCAAACAGUACAUCCGAGACUUCUACAACGAGGACCCAGAGUCCUACUCCCAGGAGAUUCACCAGCUGGAACAUCUCCGUGGAAUGGCAGUGCGUCCGCCAAUAGCAGUGACCGGGAGUUCAGUCUUGAAAAAAUACUACUGCCAAUUGCACUUCGUUCAGUCUCGAUUUCCAAUGGGUCAGGACGAGGUAGCAGCCGUGCCCUUCUCCUGGAAGGAUCCCUACACAAACUUCGUAUUCACCCUCCCCAACAUCCGUUUCGAGUUUAUAUCAAUUCUGUACAAUAUCGGUGCAAUUCACAGCCAAUUGGGGAGUAAAACCGAGAGAACAUCAGCAGACGGUAUGAAAAUGGCGUGCUCUCACUUUCAGUGCGCAGCCUGGGCAUUCGAACAUCUCCAGAGCAACUCACAGCUACCAGGUGUUGACAUGAGCUCAGACCUUAUGAGAUUCAUGCACCAGUUGUCGCUAGCCCAGGCCCAGGAGUGCAUCCUGGAGAAGAGCAUGCUGGACAACAGAAAACCCACGAUAGUAGCCAAAGUGGCAAAGCAGAUUGUGGAUUAUUAUAACGUAGCCCUCCGCACCCUGGAGCCCACCAACAACGACGAGAGUCCCAUCGGUGAAACCGUGGGAUCGAAGAUAUACAAAUCCUGGAAGAACUACGUUAAAUUCAAACGCUCCUACCACAUGUCUGUUACUUAUUUAUAUCAGGGUUUGGCUGCUGAGGAGCAGCAGAAAAUGGGGGAACGUGUGGCAUUCUACAACGCAGCUCUCACUGCUCUCAAUACAUCCAGAGGAUUGCACACAUCAGCCAAAGGUGCUGGAGGUAUCACAGGUAUUCCCACAGAGAAGGAUGCAAUCGAGGAGGCACUGGUGUUCACAAACGACGUGAUCGAGGGCAAAAGAAAGGCAGCAAAAAACGAGAACGAGUUCAUCUACCAUGAGGAGAUCCCAGAGAAGGAUUUACUGCCGUCCGUCAAUGGUGCAUCACUGGUGAAGGGUAUGUCCUUCAAUGUCAACGACCCGGAGAUCUCAGGGCCAGACAUCUUCGCCCGUCUGGUGCCAAUGCAGGUGCACGAGGCGAGUUCCCUGUACUCCGAGGAGAAGGCAAAAAUUUUGCGCUCAGUGGGUGGAAAGAUCGAGGAGAAAGAUCAAAUUCUGGAGACGUACCUGUCGAGCCUGAAGCUUCAGCACUUGAGCCUGUGGGAUCCUGAUGUCCAGAAUAGCUCUGAUGAGAUCCUAGAACUGCCUGAGGAGCUGGUGGAACGAUGUGCAGCCCUCAAUGCAAAACCAGAUGCCAUCCGAGAUCUGGAGGAUAUGAUGAGUAAAUUAUCGAUAACGUAUGGAGACGUCGAGACGAUGCUGAAGGAGAUCGGCAAGAUUUUGAGGGAGGAGGAGAUGAAGGAGAGACAGUACCAGGAGGCAAUGGGUAAGAGGCCCCCCUCAAUCGUCGCCACAGAUCUCACGAGGGAAGCCAAGAAGUACGAGGAGGCACACACCAAGGCAUCUGAGAGCAAUCAGGCUCUCCACAGGGCGAUGGCACUUCACCUGAAUAAUCUACAGGCCCUGUGCCAGCCCCUGAGUGAUCUCUCAUCGAGCAUUCCCACUGUAAAACAAGAGAGGGAUUCGGCGUCAGGGAGCGAGAGCGACAGGGGUAAUGUACGAGAGCUGAAGAGAAUUCUGGCCAAGGUCGAGGAGAUGCAGAGGCAGAGGAGUGAUCUACAUGCUAAACUGAGGGAGUCAAUAUCCCAGGACAAUCUCACGAGACUACUGGUAACAGCUACUGCUGAGUCUGUUCCCCUCGAUGCCCUCUUCUCCGAGCAACUCGAGAAACAUCAGUCACUGGUUGAUCUCAUCGAGAAGAAUCUAGCAGCCCAGGACAAUAUCCUAACAGCCCUGACUGACGCCUACGCCAGGACAGCUGAAACAAGAAAAUCAGUGGAUGAAAUUCUGAAACGUCGAGACAUGACGAUAUCAUCCCUGAUUACCUCAUACGACGCCUACGAGGAUCUCAUGUCCAAAUCCUCCAAGGGCCUGGAAUUCUACAGAAAGCUCGAGGUCAAUGUAACAAAACUCCUCCAGAGGGUGAAGAGCACGUGUCGAGUCCAGGAGGAGGAGCGAGAGCAGAUUAUGGCGAGGAAUGAGAAGCCACAGGUUUAUACAGAUGAAAAUUCAAUUAGUCCUGGGGAUAAAAAGGCCUCGGGAUCAGGAAUGAAACUGCGUGAUCACCUAAUGAAUCGCAUGAAGACAAAUCCCAUGACUUCUAAUUAUUAUCAGUUCGAGGGAAAACAGCAAAUUCCUGUUGUUUCAGUUCAGCCUAAUACUCAUACGUUAUCUUCAGGCACACCUGUGCCUAAUCCUCCUACCAAUUCUGAUGUUAAGUAUCAGGAGCAGGGAUAUCAGGGCUAUCAGGGAUUUCAUUAUUCCAAUCAGGGUUAUUAUCAGAUUAAUCAGGUGAGCCCUCAGGUUAAUCCUCAGGUAAAUACCUAUUCGUAUUCCUCGGGUUUCGACUCAAGUCAGGGCCUACCCAGAUCGAUAACAACAAAUUCUGAUAACAUGUACCAUCAGGCAGGUACAACUCCUACUGAAGUGGCUAGUGACAGCGCCCUGUACGCAGGCUAUGCUAAUUUCAAGGGUGAGGGAGAUUAUCAGGCAUCUCAAGCACCAGGAUAUCCGCCUGGAUCUCACCAGCCUGUGCCCAAUUCGAAUUAUCCAUACCCUGAUUAUUCUGCUGGGAAAGCUCAGGAUUAUCAGGGUUAUUAUCAGGCAGCAGGUGCCGGAAUGCAAACAGGUGAUCAGAAAUCCCUGACAAUUGUCAAUCAGUCGCCUGGUCAUGUACCACCUGGACCAACCAGGCCUGAGGUGGCUGUGACCCCUCAGGCACAGGUUCAGCCAAUCCCUGCGACACCUCAGGCUCACGUUCAGCCGACACCUGUUAUUCCUCAGGCACAGGUACACCCUACAGUACCCGACAACAGAGAGGGCUAUGUCUAUCCACAGGUGAAUUCACCGAGGGAUUACGGGGGUCAGGGAUACGGGACUGUUGCUGUUCCCGGAAUUUCAGGGAGUUCAGCUCACUAUGGAAAUUCAGGAAUGGUAGGUGAUCAGAUGGGAUACUACAAACAGAUGGUGUCAGCAGUCGGUCAAACGCCCCAGGCGACUCAGCCCUCGAAUUACUCAGGGUACGUUCAGGGCUACAAUCAGGUUACCACGACAAACAUCACGGCCAACUACUCGAAGCCAUCUGAUACUAUUAUUCAAAGUCACGCCAAAUCAACGGGUGCAUAUGCACCCACACAAAAUUACCAGAGUUACUCGAUUCAGGGGCAUCAGGGUUCAGUGCAGAUGUACCCGAAUUACUCGCAGGCAUAUAAUUCAGGGGGUGGAUGGCAAGGGCACACGGAUUCUUAUCAGGGACAUCCUGGAUACUCGUACGACUCUACAUCUGGUAUUUAUCAGUACAGUUCAGGUUAUUCACAGCAGAUUCAGGCGCCGCAGGUGCAGAUUACGCUAGCAGAUGGCUCAAAUAAUCAGGUUAAUUCGCAUUACACGAGUGCUAAUAAUGCAGCCAUCACUCAUUUAACUUCAUCGCCAUACUCGAAUGGCGGAAUUAAUCAGCAGAAUGGUGAGGAUAAGGAUUAUUAUCAGUCGCAGAAAGUUCAGGGGAGUAAUCAGGUACCUCAUAAUUACAAUCAACCAGCAGGAGUGAGUAAUCAGGGAACACCGCAUAUUAAUCAGGCGUUAUAUGGAUAUACGCCUGAUCAGGGCUCGCAUAAUCAGGCACACGACGAGGUGAUUGAUCAGGUGAGCAAUCAAACACCAUCGAGUCCAAUACCAGAUCAGGCACUCACGCAGAAGGAAGGAACAAAGAGAUCCCAUGGGUAUUCUCAACCAGUCCCUGAAAAAUCGAAUCUGGAUCUUCUCGCAGAGCUCGAUAUAACGAUAAAUCAUGCACCGCUGGUGCCUGAAAUUCAGACAUCAGAGAUGCCGAAGCAUGUUAAAGAGGAGAAAAUUCAGGAAGAAAUGAAGGAGAGCGAUUCAGUGAAUAAAGAGGAACGUCCAUUUCAGGACGAGAAACACGAGAAUCUGCAGAUUGUCUGGGACACGUGGUACAACGACGUCCAACCGAAGAAGGAUCCCCUAGGUGAUCCCGUGGUCCUCCAAAAAUUCAUAACUGAAAUCGAGAAGUACGAGAAAUUCGUUGACAGUCUUACAGUGAAGACCCUGAGUGGCUCGACGAAUUUGGAGAACAAGUGGAGGGAGAUCAGGGAUUUCGAGGAGAGGGAGUCAAAGAGGCAGGGAUUCACUGCAGCAGGGAUGCACACAGGUGAGAACAGGAGCCCCGAGUGGAUACCAUAUGACUCGACGAGAGUGAAGCUGGGGGAGGGUAACUCGGACUACAUCAACGCCUCCCACGUGAAGGAUCUCACCCAGUGGACACCGAUGUUUAUCGUCACUCAGGCACCCCUGGAGGGCACAAUCGAGGCAUUCUGGGGUAUGAUCUGGGAGCAGGGCAGUGAGGUAAUAGCCUGCCUCUGCAGUGACGAUCAGCUGACACCCCAGGAGAUCUACUGGCCCAGUGAGCCCCUCUCCAUCGGCAACUUCACGCUUCGACUUAAAACCCUGACGAAUCACUCCAGUUACAUCAGGCGUGUUAUCGCUGUCUUCAAUACCAGGGAGAGAACUGAGAAGAUCAUUGUUCACAUGCAGUAUUCAUCGUGGCCGUCUGGGGGAUUUCCAAGCAGUCCUGGCACUUUUCUGUCAUUUGCCACUGAUAUCAUGUCUGAACAGGCAUUGAGACACUGCCCCAAACCCAUCGUUGUCCACUGCAUCACUGGGGGAUCACUCAGUGGACUAUUUUUACUCGCUGCCACUGCUGUUUGCCAUGUACGAGCUGGUCAUGGUAUCGUUGAUGUGCCUCUUGUCUUGUCAACACUCGUCAAGUACCGAAAGUGCCUCAUUCAUAGAGAUUCACUGAUCUUUGGGUAUCGCAUGGUACUUUAUUAUGCUCAGGACAGCCUCAUGAAGCGAGGGAUUUUAUCAUCGACGAGAUCGACGUUCGAUGGAUUUGACAGUUUAAAGGGUAAAGGAAAAAAUGUUAAACACUGUCAUCCGUCUGACGAUUUUCUUCAUAAUUUAGGAGUCGGUGGUAUAACGAGACAGAGUAAUGAGACAGCAAGCCAGAUUAAACCGAAAACAUCUGAUACUGAUGAUAAGACUGAUAGAGUUAAACCAGUGGAUCCACUGAGUCAACUCGAUCCCCUGUGGUCAAUCCGAAAAUAAUGACGAGUUAAAGUUUACACGCUCCAGAUUAUCCUGAUUAUUAUCAUUUUAAAUCGAAUGAUUUUAUAGAUAAAGAAUUAAUCGUCGAGAUUUAUUGAUUUAUUUUCUUCGGGUGAUGAAAUUGUAACUUUAUGGGGAGAUAUUGUACAGAUUGAGAUGUCCGUUUAGAACAUGAGAUGAAACCACAUGCGUAUUAAUUAUUAAACUUAUUUUACUCUUCAUAUACUCAAAUUCUCUUUAUUUCCCUCCACCAGUUCUAGGAGAAGGUCCUGACUGAAGAGACAUAAGACAAAAAAUCGAUUACUUCUUUACAAAAUAUCUCGGAAUCUACAAGAGCUAGCGAAAUGUUCGUGAAAUAUUUUUCGUAUCUCUCAUUUCACUCCACAAAAAAGGUCGGAAUAAAAAUUUCAAUAUCUCCAUCAGAUCUCGAGAUAUCCGUGAAAAACGGGCAGUCGACUCGUCACACUCCCUCUUCAUUACUCAUUUCUCAUUAAUUUAUUUCAAUUAAAUAGUAAUUUCAUUGUUUUUAUUUCACAUUAAAAAAAGAUGACAUGAAAAAUUCAAGCGGAAUUGAAAUAACGUUCGUACAACUCGACAACCCGAUGUCUUCACUCUGGCAAAAAUAGGUUUUGGAUUAUUGUACACUUCGUGAUCAUCAAUGUUCUUUUUUUUUUU